AUGGCCGCGAAGAGAACCACGCCAAAGACGGAGCAGGAGCAGAUGAACGAGAAGUUGCAACGAUCCGAGAAUCUAUUGAAUAAACUAGAUGAGAAUGAUAGUAAAUCAAGGAAAAAUAUUGCACACGGCGUCGAUUACUUUGACUCACUCGUGGACGUCUUGGGUCAGAUGAGGAUAGAAUACUCCGGUCAGGCAUGCUAUAUUCGCACGAUGGAGGGGGGAAUGUUGAAGGAUGGUCCGGAAAGUUUCUUCACGGAACCACCAUUGCCGUAUCAUUGUCCCGUGGAAAACCUCGCUCCCGAGACGAUCUCUCAUCUGGCAGAUUUCCUGAGUCGCCUCAAUGAUGACAAGAAUAAUCCAAUCUCUCCUUUGCUACUCUACUCCGUGUUUGCCAUUGCUUCGAGAUAUUCCGACGACCCAAGUGUCCGUCUUGAUCCCGCGAAACCAGAGACCGCCGGAAUCAUCUUUUAUAAUAGAGCCAGAGAACUGUUGGACGAUUUCCUGGACGCGCCGAGGUUAUCCACAGUCCAAUCACAAAUACUGAUGUUAAAAUUUCAAGAGCGCAUUCGGCGAUCAGGAUUUUUCUUUAGAAGUUGGAUAUAUUUCGGUCUCAUAGUUCGGAUGGCGCAGGAUCUGGGAUUGGACAAGAAUUAUGACAAAUGGAAUCUACGCAUGUCUCGGGGUGACCUGAUCUCCCGGAAGCGUGUGUGGCAAGUCUGUUUCAUUUACGAUCAGUUCAUGAGCAGUGUGCAAGGUCGAGACGUUGCCAUAAGCUUACAAACAACGGGUAUUGAACUUCCCACGAAGGAAGAUUACGAAGACGAACAAGAACUACAAAUCCAAACGGAUUUUGUUCACCUCGUGCGUCUGACGAAGAUUCUCUCCAGCGUUAUGUCAGGCAUUCUACCAGCGGGUUCUGGAACAGUAGCUCAAGCCUGGUCAUCAAAUCCAAAGUUACAAAUUCUGGACACAGCGUUGGACGCCUGGUUACAAGCAUUACCGCCAAGACUUCGGUUGGCGGCCAACAGCAUAUCGCAAAUUUCACGAGCAAUGCUGGAUCAAUGGGGACCAUUGGUAUUUCAAUAUCCGAUUCGCGGGGGAAAUUAUGGAACGUAUUGUCUGGUGGCGGCAUCGAUGAUUCACAUAGUCAACAUGUCUUCUCCCGAUUUACGAUUCUCUCAACCGGCGCAUGAUUAUUUCUUGUCGGCGUUGAGCGUUCUAAAGGUGUGCGUCGAACACAGUGCCGCAUGGGAGUUACGCGAUAAAAUCCGCGGACUCGAAGCCGCAUUCCAGACGCACAAAGCUUGCCAAUCUUACGGGCUACUCUUCCACCCCGGCUCACAUCCGGAAUCACCUGGUGUCAAUGGUCACAUGAACCGACGAAGAUCCCAGAUGCAAGGGCCAAGGAGACACGCGACCAUGCCCAAUGCACAGGACUCGACAGUACCGUCCGAUGUAAAUAAUCACCUGCUGUCGGGCAAUCUACCGCAAUCCUCAUCGCCACCACAUUUCCGCGAGAGGUCACUGUACAUGCUGGCCGACAGUUCUGAUCACCACACGUUCGCCCCGGAUUCCAAACAAUUUGAGUUCAUCUCACCACAAGACUCGAUGGACGAGAAUUCACUGCUCGCCACGCCAAUAAGUCACAUUCCGAUGCCCGAGCUCGCAGGGACAAUCAUGCCGGCGUCCAACCAAUUUAAUCCGUUGAUUUCAUUGGAUCAUGCCAAAAGACAGGUCGACAUGAACGGGUUGGGCACUAAUGGGACGAUUUGGGAUGCGAAUUCACUGUUAUUAUGGACGAAUCCAAACGGACAACAUAUUUGGACAAACAACGGAGGAAUCAGUCCGUUGAGUACAAGCACCCCGCUGUCGGCCACCUCACCGUCAGGACAUCAAACCCCGGAACACGGGUCACCAUAUCCCCUCGGAUCUCCGGUCGGAUCGGCAAUAGACCCGGUAGUUGUAGCAUCGCAGAACAGUGAAGAUAUAAUGUUAACUCCUGAAAGUGUAGCUUGGUACAGUGCCACGGCUUAA